AUGGACCCCAUCGACCCAACCACCGGCCAGCCCCUCCCCAGCGACGCCAUCCAGCGCAUCCUCUUCGUCGCCCACCCCGUCCACGUCUACAACAUCCCCCCCCUCACCUCCAUGCGCGGCCACUCCGCCUCCUCCUGGACCGAGGACCCCGCCCGCCACAUCUUCACCGCGCGCCUCCGCAUCGUCGAAACCUCCUUCGAAAGCACCACAACCCCCGACUCCAACUCCAGCAGCAACAACAGCACCACCAGCAUCAAGAUCGACCUCGUCCUCGAAGACCCCUCCACAGGCGCCCUCUUCGCCGCAGCGCCCUACCUCGACCCCUCCGCCGUCGAGCCCGUCGUCGACAGCAGCCGCUUCUUCGCAGUCACCGUCAAGGACCCCCAGGGCAGGAAAGCCGUGCUCGGCAUCGGCUUCGAGGAGCGCUCCGACGCCUUCGACCUCGCCGUCUCCCUGCAGGAGGCCCGGCGCAGCCUCGGCUGGGAGCUGGAACAGGCGCACAGCAGCGGCGGCGGCAGCGCGAACAACCCGGCCGACGGCAAGGCCAAGAAGACGGAGACCAAGGACUACAGCCUCAAGGAGGGCGAGACCAUCACAGUAAACCUCGGCGGCACAAAGUUUGGCCGUCGAAGGCCGCAGAACGCAGAGGAGUCGUCAACGUCCUCGAGCAGUGGCUCUGCCGACUUGCAGUCGUUUGCGCUG